AUGGCUUCAUCCAGCAGUUCUAUAAACAAUGGUGCAAAUAUUGUUGACACAUUAAUCGGUUCUAACGAUGAUGACGGACAUGAACGCAUCGAUGAGUCAACUGAUGCUAACAAUUCAAGUUAUGGCAGUCAUAAUGUCCGUCCAUUACGUCUGUAUGACGUUGAUCAAUUAGGAGAUAUAACCAGCCAUGUAUACAUAACAACUGAUGGAACAAAGUUCUGGAAACCUUUGGUGUCUCCUGAAUAUACACCUACUAUCGGAAUGGUUUUUGACACAUGGAGCGACGUUGAGAAUAUGUACAAGUCUUAUGCUGAGAGGUCUGGGUUUUCUGUACGUUUGGGUGCCUUGAAGAAAAAGGGAACGGUUGUUACACAUAGGUAUAUGCAAUGUACCAGAUCCAGUAAACCUAAGCAAACACAACUUGAAUCGAUGGACCCUAGUGCUUUUAAAGUAUCUCGAAGUAGCAGCUACAAAGUUACUGACUGCAGGGCGCGGCUAAAGCUUAAAGCUAUCUCAGGCACUACAAACUUCUUCAUUUACGGUUUUAUUGAAGCUCAUAAUCAUGGAUUGGUCGACAAGGACAAUCUGGACUUUACCAGAAAAAGGAGGAAACUUAGUUAUGACGACCAGAGGUUCAUUCACAAACUAAGCUUGAACAAAAUUGGCCCUAAUGUCGCGCAUAAGAUUCGAGCUUCGUUAAAGGGUGGGCACCAUAAUGUACAAGGAACUGUAGUAGAAUUCAAAAAUUUCACUAGAGAUCUACGGUCUUUUAUCGGCAAGAAGGAUGCACAAAUGGUUGUUGAUACGUUAAAAUCUCGUAUGAUAAACCUGCCAAAUUUCUUUUUUGAAUGUGUGGUGGUUGACGGUGAGUUAAGAUCAUUGUUCUGGGCUGAUGACGUAUCCAAAUGCAAUUACGAAGCCUUCGGAGAUGUGUUAGGUUUUGAUGCAACAUAUCAUACGAAUCAGUAUAACAUGAUAUUUGUUCCGUUUACCGGUGUCGAUCACCAUAAAAAGUGUGUCACAUUUGGUGCUGGGCUAUUAUACGAUGAAACAAUUGGUUCUUACACGUGGUUGCUUACCACAUUCCUUAAAGCUCAUAACAAUAAGCAACCAACGUUGGUGUUGACCGAUCAGGAUGCUGCGAUGAAGCAAGCAGUUUCUGGUGUAUUCAAUAAAGCUAUUCACCGGCUGUGUAUGUGGCAUAUUGUAAGGAAAAUUCCUGCAAAGAUUGCAGGUGAUGUAUUGGAAAAUAUAGACUUGAGAGCUGCUAUACAUAAGCUGGUUUGGAAUUUGUUUAUCACACCUGAAGAAUUUGAAGAAAGAUGGAAUUUGCUUAUGGAAGGGUUACACUUGAAAGAAAAUAAUUGGCUGAACGAGAUGUAUGAGAUUAGGGAUCAAUGGGUUCCGUGCUAUUUUAGGGAUGUGCACAUGUGUUGUCUAAUGAAAACCACCUCGAGGUGCGAGAGUUCGAAUUCCCUGUUUAAAACAAAUUCUAGUGGAACAAACACGCUCGUGCAAUUCUUGAUGUGUUUCGACACAGCAAUUGAUGGGCAACGGUACACUCAACGCAGAUUGGAGUUCGAAAGUAACACAAUAGCACCAUCAAUGCCGAAGAACGUGCCUAUUGAAAGACAUGCCUCGGAGUUAUAUACACAUACGCUGUUUUUGGAGGUGCAAAAAGAGAUAUACAGAGGCAUGACAUUCUGCUAUAUUGCUUCAAAAACCCCAGAACUUGAUGGGGUAAAAAUUUAUACCAUUGUUCAUACUAACAGGCAGUACAAAGAUAUUAAUGAAUUUGAGGUCAGUUUUGAUACACGUGAUAGAUCGGUUUCAUGUUCGUGUAUGGGUUAUACGCGCCUUGGCUAUUUGUGUAGGCAUGCCUUUUGCGUGUAUAGAUACAACCAGGUUGACGAAAUUCCCGUUCAGUAUCAACCUGGUAGAUGGAAACGAGACAUAUUGCCAAGGAGGGUUUUUAGCAUGUCGAACAGGUAUUCUGCUGAUACAGACGCGGAAUCUGUAAUCCGGAAUGAGAUUUUUGAUUUGGUAAUUGAGUGUACUGAUCGUUUAAGGCGUAAUAUUGGUAAACUUUCUGAGUUGUCUGGUGAAAUUAAAGAAAUUAGGAACCGUGUGUUUCGCGAAUUCCCGACCGAACCGGCGUGUAACAAGACAUCAGUUGUGAUCAGUGACCUUCUCAAACAGCCUGAAGAUAUGGAAGUCUCGAUAAAUCCGCCACAAGGCAUCCGGAACAAAGGGUGCGGUACCAACCAUCGACUCAUUGGUCCCGGGGAAAAGGCUGUUGUUAAUAGUGCUAAAACUACUAGGCUGUGUGGAAAAUGCAAGAAAUACGUUAAUGAUCAUGACUCACGUAAUUGUGAAAAAGUUCGGGCUGCCAAAGAAGCCGCGGCUGCUGCUGCAAAAGCUGCUAAAGCUGGUAAUGUUACUGUUCCAGAAGAUUCAUGUCACGUUGGUGUUGUUGAUUUGUCUAACGGUGAUACAUCUGUUGGACCAUCGUCUCGCAUUUGUACUCGGGCCACUAGAAGAUCCACUAGAAGAUCUACCAUACGUUCGUCCGACCCGCUUGAAGAGUGA